AUGCCCUGGCUGUCGAGUUCACUUGAUCGUGGGUUGGGUGAAGGACCUUUCGACAAGCAAUCCAAAUUACUUCAUGGGACCGACAUGCAUGUGGGAACCCUCCCAAUCAAUGGAACAAAUUUCCACAUCUACCUCCAAAGCCCUGUAGCUUUCUGGUGCUUCAUACACAUCACAACUGGAUUAUAUCAUGACCCUAUCCAUGGCAUUGGCCUCACACAGGAAGCACUUGCAUGUGCUUGGAAGGACUUCACUGUCCCUGGCAACUUCCCUCCUUUAUCAGACAUCUCUGCGAGUCUACACCUAACAAUGAUUCAUAUCCCUCUCGUCUUUGAACCUCCUGCUAUUGUUCUUCAAUGCUCAAUUAUCAUCAUCAUCGAGCCAGAUGAUUGCAAUGAGAGUCACACUCUCUGUCGUGAUAAAUGGCCCGCAGAGGGUAACCCACUAUCCACUUAUCAGGAAGCCUUACAAUCUGAUUUGAGACAUGCCAAGCCAAUAUCCUCUUGGUCACAGAUUCCUAUUGUCUGGCCUGUCCAUUGCACAUGUAUUCCAGAAUUUCUCAAUCUUUCAACCCACAAUGGCAGUGUGAUCACCAGAUCUUCUGCACACACCAUGGUGUCAGGGAACAAGGACAGUGUUCCUUGCGACCUGAAUAUUCUCAUAUCAUGUAGGCUGUGGAAGGAGCAUCUUACAACAUCUAACUUCCAAAUGUCUUCCAACACUCUUAAUAACAAUGAACACCAGGGCGAUGAUGUGGAGAAUGAGAGAUGUGAUCAUAGCCAUCAGAAUCAUAUUGUUGAAGCUGUGGCAGUGAAUCAGCUGAGAUUCACAGCCCCAGCAGUGCCGCUUACUGGUCUACAAGUAAUGAAUGAUUUGGUGCCACUCAUGGAGUGGUUUCUGACUACCAAGGCAGAUCCCUUAGUAGAGCGGAUAUUCCAGACCAGGCUGGAAAUAGUAGAUAGGGACAUACAUAUCAAGAUAGAAGCAGUUAGCGAGAUAAGCAGAGUCAAGAUAAGGGCUAUGCAUGGGGGUGGUAUCGGUUGCUAG